AUGAAGACUUGGCUGUUGGUGUCGGUGCUGUGUCUAGCUGCCGUGGCGUACGGCCGGAGAUAUCAGUAUGAAGACGAUGGACUGGACGAUAUGAUGAUGGGAGAUGAAGGGAAGGGUGGUGAUAACAUGAUUUUACAAAACUGGGACCCCGGCUGCUCCCAGAAAAUCAACGCACUUAUUCACCGCGAGAUCGAGUCCACCUUCCAGUACAUCGCCAUUGCCACAUUCUUCCGGCGUCACGAUGUCGACAUUAUCGGCAUGUCUUUGAUGUUCAACGCAUGGGCGAGGAUGAAGAUUAACCUGGCUAAGGACUUGAUGAUGUACUUGGUGAAGCGAGGGGCAGAUGUUCAGUUCAAGGACGUGUCGAAACCCAGCGAGACGCAAUGGUCGGACCCGGGUGCAGCUCUCUCGCUGGCACUCCGUACUGAGAAAGAAAUCGCGGAUAAAGUGAACGACCUGGCCAAACACGCAACUAAUCACAACGACCAUCAUUUGCUCGGAUACAUUGAAAGUAAACUCGCCAAUACUCAGGCUGACAACGUCUUUGAGGUCGCUGCACUCAUCAAUAAACUCAGCAGGGGAGGUAACAAGUUUGGUCUGAUGAGCAUCAACCAGCAGAUGGUGAAAAAGUACAAAGACUACGUUGACUGCGAAAGUGACACCGAGAAGUACAAGUGGAACUAUUAG